GUCUCGGCGAGCCGCCGCCAUGAGCAGCAAGGUCUCCCGCGACACACUGUACGAGGCAGUGAAGGAGGUGCUGCAGGGCAGCAAGACCAAGAAGCGCAAGUUCGUGGAGACGGUGGAGCUGCAGAUCAGCCUGAAGAACUAUGACCCGCAAAAGGAUAAGCGCUUCUCCGGCACCGUCAGGCUGAAGUCAACUCCACGGCCCAAGUUCUCAGUCUGCUUGCUGGGGGACCAGCAGCACUGCGAUGAGGCCAAAGCAGUCGACAUCCCUCACAUGGACAUAGAGGCUCUGAAGAAACUCAACAAAAACAAGAAACUGGUGAAGAAGCUGGCCAAGAAGUACGACGCUUUCCUGGCUUCUGAGUCCUUGAUCAAGCAAAUUCCUCGAAUCUUGGGUCCGGGUCUGAACAAAGCUGGCAAAUUCCCUUCUCUGCUCACUCACAACGAGAACCUGGUGGCCAAGGUGGAUGAGGUCAAAUCUACCAUCAAAUUCCAGAUGAAGAAGGUGCUGUGUCUGGCUGUGGCUGUUGGCCAUGUGAAGAUGACAGAGGAUGAGCUGGUCUACAACAUCCACCUGGCCAUCAACUUCCUGGUGUCCUUGCUGAAGAAGAACUGGCAGAACGUUCGUGCUCUGUACAUCAAGAGUACCAUGGGCAAGCCCCAGCGCCUCUACUGAGGGGCAGCAAUAAAGUUUUAGGACA